AUGCAGGAGCAGGCCGCUGCCCCCCAGGCUCCCGGGCUCCCAGCUGCUGCUGCCGGCAUGGCCGAGGCCCCUGCUGACCCGACCGACACAGACCUGGAGCAGAAGAUCCUGCAGGUGCUGAGCGGUGCUGGCUCCCCGGUGAAGGCUGCCCAGCUGGCCAAGGACUGCCAAGUGCCCAAGAAGAGACUCAACCAAGUCCUCUACCGGAUGAAGGAGGAGGCGAAAGUCCACCUCGAGGGCCCCGCGACAUGGGGCCUGGGCGAGGGUCAGACUGGAGAAGUGGUUCCCACAGAGCGGGCCCAGCCCUGCCAGGCAGCGAGGCCCCAGCAAGAAGUGGCUGCAAUUCCGGAGACACCUGACCCUCAGCUCAGCAAACGGCAGGAGGAGAUCUACAGGUUUCUGGAAGCCAGUGGGCCCCACAAGGCCCUGAGCAUCGCGCAGGCCCUGGGAAUGAGGACAACGAAAGACGUCAACCGCGACUUGUACACUCUGAGGGACAGACACCUCCUGAACUACGACCAGAAGACAAGCGCCUGGGCGGUUUACCAACCAGAGGAUUCUGGAGGAAGAAAUCAGUCCGCCACAGUUAUUUACCAGCAAAACCCCAUCACCAUGAUCUGUCAGAACGGCCCAUACAGCCACAUAUCCAUCGAGAACAGUGAAGGCAUCCAGAUCGGACAUGGGAACACCAUAGUGAGACAGACGGGCUCUGCGGAGAACGGCUCGGCGGCUCCCCUCCACCUCCCACCAACAACGCCAGCUGAUGCCUCCACUCAGGGUCCCCUGGCUGGAGCCUGCAGCCCCCAGGACAUCCGCAUAGAGAAGUCUGUGCUCAGACGGGUGCAGCUGGGACAUGGCAACGAGAUGAGCUUUCACAGCCCCCCGGCGGAGGGGCCUGCCCACAGUCCCUCUGGCAGCCCCCCAGUCUCUGCCACCUCUGCCAGCCCAGAAGCUGUGUUCGAAAUUCGAACGCCCGAACCAGGACCUCACCCCCAGGGGGACAUGGUCCAGAGAGUCCAGAUCACUUCAUGCUUCCUUGAGGACACCGCCAUCGGCAACAGCAACAGAAUGACUGCCAGUCCAGGGCCAGCGGGUCCAGAAGGACCCGCAGGGCCUGGGGACACCAGGAGGGACCAUGGGGAGCCCGGAGAGGAUGCAGCUCCUGCACCAUCCGGGGGCGAGCGCCCCCACAGCGCGGGUCAGGCUGCCCGCGACAGCGUUUCCACGCUCGCCGCCUCCCUAGAAGCUGUGAGUCUCGAGAGCAGGGGUCCCGAAACCGAAGAAGACGGCCGCUGA